CACAUUUCAACCUAAAAAACCAUAUAACCCUAUCUCACACACUCCUCCGCUCUCUCUCUCUCUCUCUUUACUCCCAUUCCGGCGUCUCUUAUCCAUAAAACCCCGCUAAACCCACCCUGUUGUUUCCUCCAAUUCCUCACACUCCACUGGUAGAUGGCGUCGACUUUUGCAGCCAUGACAUCAGUCGGCUCACUGGCUGCUCCCAGUGGCCGUGUCGCCGAUAAGAAAUUCGACACCUUGUCAUCUCGUGCUUCCAUCUCUUCAUUCUCAUUCUCAAAGAGGCCCAAUGUUGCCCUCAGGAGGACUCGCUCCCCUAGAGUCUCCGCCAUGGCCAAGGAGUUGCAUUUCAACAAGGAUGGUUCUGCCAUCAAGAAGCUUCAAGCUGGUGUCAACAAGCUUGCCGACCUUGUUGGUGUUACCCUUGGUCCCAAGGGUAGGAAUGUUGUUUUAGAGAGCAAGUACGGCUCCCCCAAGAUUGUUAACGAUGGUGUCACCGUCGCCAAAGAGGUUGAGUUGGAGGACCCUGUUGAGAACAUUGGAGCCAAGUUGGUUAGGCAGGCAGCUGCCAAGACUAACGACUUGGCUGGUGAUGGAACAACAACAUCUGUUGUUCUUGCACAGGGUCUUAUUGCUGAAGGUGUCAAGGUUGUUGCGGCUGGAGCAAACCCUGUUCUAAUCACACGUGGUAUUGAGAAGACAACAAAAGCUCUUGUACGUGAGCUUAAGUUGAUGUCCAAAGAGGUUGAAGACAGUGAACUUGCAGAUGUAGCUGCUGUCAGUGCAGGAAACAACUAUGAAGUAGGACAAAUGAUUGCUGAAGCCUUGAGCAAAGUGGGUCGAAAGGGUGUUGUGACACUUGAAGAGGGAAAAAGUGCUGAGAACAGUCUUUAUGUUGUUGAAGGAAUGCAGUUUGAUCGUGGUUACAUCUCACCUUACUUUGUCACUGACAGCGAGAAAAUGGCUGUUGAAUUUGAGAACUGCAAGUUGCUUCUUGUUGAUAAAAAGAUAACAAAUGCAAGAGACCUUAUUAACAUUUUGGAGGAUGCUAUUAGAGGAGGAUAUCCAGUUGUGAUAAUUGCUGAAGACAUUGAACAAGAAGCUCUUGCAACUCUUGUUGUGAACAAGCUUAGAGGAUCUCUAAAGAUUGCUGCCCUCAAAGCUCCAGGAUUUGGAGAUCGCAAGAGCCAGUAUCUUGAUGAUAUUGCCAUAUUGACCGGGGGAACUGUGAUUAGAGAAGAGGUAGGGCUUACAUUAGACAAUGUUGGGAAGGAGGUCCUUGGCCACGCUUCAAAGGUGGUUCUUACAAAGGAUACCAGCACAAUUGUUGGUGAUGGAAGUACCCAGGAUGCAGUUAACAAACGAGUUGCACAGAUUAAAAAUCUUAUCGAGGCUGCCGAGCAGGAGUAUGAAAAGGAGAAGCUCAGUGAAAGGAUUGCGAAACUAUCUGGUGGUGUUGCUGUGAUACAAGUUGGGGCACAAACUGAGACAGAGCUGAAAGAAAAGAAACUGAGAGUUGAAGAUGCUCUCAAUGCCACCAAGGCAGCUGUUGAGGAGGGUAUUGUUGUUGGAGGAGGAUGCACCCUUUUGAGGUUGGCCUCCAAGGUUGACGCCAUUAAAAAUGCUCUUGAUAAUGAUGAAGAAAAGGUUGGAGCAGAUAUUGUUAAAAGAGCUCUUUGCUACCCUCUGAAAUUGAUAGCCAAGAACGCUGGUGUGAAUGGAAGUGUGGUCAGCGAGAAGGUUCUUUCUAGUGACAACUUUAAAUAUGGAUAUAAUGCUGCGACUGGAAACUAUGAAGAUCUAAUGGCUGCUGGAAUCAUUGAUCCAACCAAGGUGGUCAGAUGUUGCCUAGAGCAUGCAGCCUCUGUUGCGAAAACAUUCUUGAUGUCGGACUGUGUGGUUGUUGAGAUCAAGGAGCCGGAACCAGUGCCUGCCGGAAACCCCAUGGACAACUCAGGAUAUGGUUACUGAAAACGUAAAUUGACUCAGCUAGAGGGCAGCCACAAGAUUCUAGAAUUAGAAUGAUAAUGUUUGGACACAUUUUUUGUAUGCAUAAAGAUUCUGGUGAGGUUAGCUUUACUGUUGCGUGCCGCGGAUGUCUCAGAAUUGCAGUUCAGUGUGUACCAUUGAUAUGCAAUAAUUUGAAUGGAAGAAGAUUUUCGUGGUA